UGCAGUCAGAGGCCGUCAUAAGCUGAAGGAAGCUCCCUUCGAGCUUUGAACAAAAAAGACGAAGUCGCCCGCUCUGCCGGGUAUUUGCAUAACCACCUGAUCGCUAGACAUCCCCCGGCGUGUCUUGUUUGUGUUGUAUUUCGGCAUCAGUGGGUUAUCAUGACUGUUCCGCCGUGGUGAGAGAUCGUGGUGGAAGUGGGACGUGCAAAACGAGAGUCGCCCGUGUGGAUGUUUUGCGCGUGCGGACCCGGCAACAGCUUUGGCUGCGGGCGUUGAUUCGGACCCCGCAAGCUGCGAUACGUCGCCGCAACACCUCUGGGAGUCUGACCGAAGCAAGCCCGCCGUAAAUUAGCAGCAUGGUGCUCCGGAACAAGUUUGAGUCCCUAGAGAGGCAAUCAGUGUUGGGCUUCCUGCAUCGUCAUCGCGUGCGAAAUCUUUAGUGGAAGACGUCGCUGACUGGCGUCGGCAGCUUCGGCGCCCCAUGGUGCCUGGUGUGCCCAGCCAGGGGCGAUGGACACAAGCUGCUCCUCCCCGAGGCAGCAGCAACAGCAUCACCACCCCCACCAUCACCACCCCCACCACCACCCCACAACAGCUGCAGUGGUCAUCAUUGACAGGUCACCUGCCCGUAGUACGACAAGUCCUGUCGCUGUGUGCAAACUGACGCCUUCUCAGGAACAACAAAGGGUCGCAGUGGUGGACACGCAAGGCCAGGUGAGCAAUGCCGGCCUCUACGUUAUCUGCGACCGCUGCGGCCAGAUCAGCCACGACGUCAUCAAGUGCGACUUCUGCUCCUGCCAGAUCUCGGCCGCCAACAGGGCCAAGCAGAACAGUGGGAUUGGGACGAAACGACGCCUCAACUUGGACGGAGGAGCGGCGGCAGGCGGCGGCUCCGGUGCCGGUAGCAAGCAGCUGCAGCCGACUGAAGCGAAAAUUGGCAAGCGCACUUUCUAUGGGAACGACGUGGCAAUGAGGCCGCUGCUGCCGGCUGUCAGCAACAACAACAACGUGCUCACUGUGAGACAGGCUGCCGUGACGACUAACGGCCAGACACGGCUGAUCCUGCCUGUGGCAGCCGCCAUGCAGCCAGCAAAGCCCGGGCGGGGCAUGCCAGCCGCCCGCAGGGGGAAAAGGGAGCCCGAGUGCCUGACCAUCUCUAUUUCGUCUGACGAGGAGGCUGACGCGGAAGGAGCUGGCGAGGAGUGCAACCAGAGAACAGCACUGUCCUCCGAGACGCCCACCAAGGAGAACCACCCCGCUUCCCAGCAAGCUGUGGCUGAGGUGCAGUGCAUAGCGCGGGUGCAGGAAACGCCGCCCCAGAGUCCGCGUGGUGCUGGCCGGGGUGCAGCGUUGGUGCUCACGUCACCACCGCCAACCGUGUUUCGUAGUUUCGGCAGGAGCAACCCGGCUGCGCCAGCCAAUUCGGAGAUGCGCUUCAGCUGUCGCAGCAUCCGCAUCGGUUCCUACAAGGUGGCGUCGAGCGAGUACUGGGUCACAGUCUCGAAUCAGGGCUUCACAUUCACCAUCCGGCCACCCAGAGAGAGCCAGGAAGUGACACUGCACCUGCUCGACACGGAUGUGGUGCAAGUACUGGGCAACCUGUCACGCAACAUGGGUGUGCUUUUUGUGUGCACCAAUCGCGACUGUGCAGCUGUCCUGCGCACUAAGCUGGGCAUGAACCGCAAGCUGCCCGGAUACUUCGACCCUGCAGGCACUGAGGAGAGCCAGAAGCGGAUAACUUUUCUUCCCGAGCCGCCAUUCUCGGAUGAGCAGAAGAACUUCCUGCGGCAGGUGUUCCCGGGUCCCCUGUUGCAAGAGAUCAAGCAGACGCAGGCCAACGAGAUCCUAAUAAAGUCCUCACCAGUACCCACAACGCUGACGCAUCAAACGGGCUAUGGUUCCUGUGCCCCACAGCAUGCGUGUCUGCAGAGAGCGAGCGAAGCGGUGGCGACGUCGGUGGCUCUACCAGCAGCACAGCCGCAGGCCGGCUCCAUGCCUGCCGUGACGCACGUUGUGAUUCACAACGUGCCCAGCUCCGCUACUAUUGUGACGCGAGCUACCCGUUCGUCUUCCUCUUCCUCGUCCUCCUCAGCUGUCCUUGCGGCAUCAGGCAGCAGUUCGGUCGUGACGUCCAGCGAACAGGGGUCAUCACAAGAGGAGAGUUCGUCGGGACCAAAUAUAAAGUUGCUGGUGUAUCCUGCACCGCCCAAGACUGGUGGCAUCGCUGUCCACAGUGCGGACCUGCGUUGCCUGCGGGAAGGGCAGUUCCUCAACGAUGUCAUAAUCGACUUCUACCUCAAGUACCUGUUGCUGGAGCGGCUAAGCGAGGAGGUGCGGCAGCGGACGCACAUCUUCAGCUCCUUCUUCUACCCACGCCUGACGCAGCGGCUCAACCCUCGUGCACCGGGACAGCAGGGCCUGACGCCCGCGGCACGGCGGCAUCGCAACGUGCGGACGUGGACUAGGCACGUCGACAUUUUUGCCAAGGACUUCAUAGUGGUGCCCAUCAACCAGAAUGCCCACUGGUUCCUGGCAGUGCUGUGCUUUCCCGGACUAGUGGCUCGUGCUUGCCCCCCGCAGGAGGUGGCGCCCGCCUAUGAUGACCACACGCCCCUGGCCGAUAGCCAGAGUCCCGCAGCAAGCCCAAAGACACCUGAGGGCACCGUCGAGGAUGGAGAGAGCGUGCUGGACUCAGACCCGGAUGACGGCACUGAGCUGGAGGAGACGGGCAGUCCGCAUCCAAAAGGGGCAGCUGAAGCACAGACAGAAAGGGCAUACAUCCUAAUCCUGGAUUCUCUUCGUGGAGGCCUGUGCGGUAGGAGUCGCAUCAUGACAACACUACGAGAGUACCUGACUGAGGAGUGGAAGGCCAAAAAACGGACCCAGCUGAGCUUCUGCUACGGCAACAUGCAUGGCUACACACCACGCACACCCCAGCAGGGCAACUACAGUGACUGCGGCGUCUACCUGCUGCAGUAUGUCGAGAGCUUCCUCGAGAAACCUCCGAGUGCUGGUGACCCAGUGAAGCUGGAACUGGGUGACUGGUUCCCAGAGGGUCUGGUUGCCCAAAAGCGUGCGGCCAUCCGCGACCUCAUCCUCGACCUGCACUUGCAGCAACACCCAGGCAGUGACUUCCCCCAACGCUGGCGAAAGGUACGCAUGAAGGAGGAAGCAGCAGCGCUCCGCGUGGAAGAGCCAACGUCCACUACUCUGCUUGUGACGCCUGCCACAAAUACUGUCAUCCUUGUCUGCGCUGGGAACAGCAGCAGCCAGCCCAGCUGAGGUUGCAAAGGACGGUGCUAGAGCUGCCACUGGCAAUUCAUCGGCCAUGGACGCACCUGGCAGGCAAACACUGUUGUCAUUGCCAAUUGCGGCUCUACCCGAAGGCGGCAGCUGCAAUUCUUUCUUCCGAGAGAGUACCAGGACGUUCCAGGCAUUCAUGGUGGCAUGUCUUCAGCCAGCUCCCUAUAGUGUGCCGCCGUUGAAGACCCAAGUCAACACAUCAGUGUUGCUAGGGGACUGUGAAGACAAAGUUGCAAAAUGCCACUGCUGUGUUGCCUGUGUUGCCUUGGGUCUGUAUCUGUGCUGUUGGAUGUUGGCAAAACGUGCAAGAAAAGAAGCCUCGCCAGUGACUCUAGUCGCUGCAGUCCAAAGCAGGUCGCUGACAUGGAGGUCAUUGUUACCCGUGGAGUUUGCUAUAGGAAUUGUUGCAGUGCUGGCAGUUGCAGUGGCAAACCACCUGCCUGAAGACUGCUCGCAAAAAGCUGCUGGGAAAACUUGGUGGUGCUGUUGCUGUCAGUCUUGCCACGGUGUGGCGGGAAAUUCAGGGGUGCCGUCGUUUUCGUGAACUUGCAUUACGCCUAAAUAAAGGUAUCGCAAAAGUGUGAGGUGCCUUUAGAGGCCACAAAAGUAGGACAUACUCAUUGACUGGCUUCCAUACUGGCAUAACAGGAUGCAUUUGGAAUUUGGUAGUGCCCCUUGGCAGCUAAUUGACACGUUUGUUAGGGUUUAGUUGCAAAUUCAGUCAUGUAAUCACUUCCGGUUGCACUUGCAAUUUUAUGUGCUUGUGGGCUUUAGUGAACUCUCCAUUUUAAUUUUCCCUCCGGAACAGCAAGCAGUCUCGAAUCUCCCGCCCUGCCUUAAGGUCUAGCAAGGCUGCCUUAGCAAAAGAUGGACCAAAGUGCCUCGGCAGGAUUUGCUUGCAUCGUCUGCCACCGACGUCUGGUGGGUCACAGAGUCUGCAGAGAGUUCACCUCUGAUAUGCGGAGCCAGAAUUGGGUUGUGCGAUGCCCUCAGCGUGCCUGCUUGUGGUGCAGGAGCUCUACGGCUGUGCAAGGUGCAGGAGCUCUACGGCUGUGCAAACAGAGUGAGGGCUGCAUUCAAGUGUGCCAGUGCUGCCGUGCCUUGCUGGCCGUCGCUUGUUCUACCAUGUGUGAAUCUUCACUGUGUGCAAAGUGUUGUCAUGCAGUGAAGCAGUGUUUUCAAAGUUGCUGCGGGAUGGGGGCAGAAUGGGAUAGGCCUUCCCUACCGUGCAUACAGAUAGUUUAGUCUGCUGGAACCUGAACUCUGCUGCAUGCUCUAAAUGCAUUUCUGGAUUUUUGUUUUACGCUCUUUUUAUUUUUGUGAUGCCUGUUUUUUUUUUCUUAAUGCUGUGCCCCCCACUUUUAAGAGACUUUAUUGUUACUCUUCGUGGUUACAGCCAAGUAUUUGUUGCCUGCAUUCUGCUUUCAAAGUUGUGAAACGAUAUGAAGGGGCCUGGAAACAGGGGCUCGAUGCAUAAGCUUGUUUUGGGGACAGGGCCACCAUCGCUUUUCCCCAAGGUCAGCAUAGGAGCAAGGAAUGACCAGCGAUUUGGCACUGCCUUAAGUGACACGAUCUGUAGACAAUAGCGUAAUCUGCUGCACUUCGAAUAAAAAGGCAGGUACGAGAGAUGCCUGUGGCUGAGCCAUUUGGGUUGGUGCACCGUUUGUUUUAUUGAAGCAUACUUUUUUUUUCGGCCUUGCAUCACGUUGAGAUGGGGCACGUGCACAAAUGCCACGAACGAAACGGGGAGGGAGGAGCAUGCCUGAAGUGACGAUUACUAAAGAGUGAGCACCCCUCAACCUAUGCAAAUUAGCUCCUCCUCUAGAGCUGGAUUCUGGGCACAGCACCUUCAUGCUGGUCAUACCUGUUUCCUUCCUUCUGGUCAGCGCCUUUCAGGCCGACGGAAAAAAAAAAACACAAAAGAGCUAAGUGACCGGCUCCUUGCAUUAUUUUUUUGCCCAGUAUCAAAGUAACGCGACUUGGCAAUUCCGGAGGUUAAUGUAUUGUUCAUGUUAAGCUGUUCAGUUUUGUUCAUUCUUGUAUUGUACAUAGGUGGCUAGACUUUUUGUGUGUUCCCCGCAGGAGGCCAUGCUAGGUUAGUGCAAGUUCCUUUACAGUGCCCUGUUGUGGACUAGGCACGACUGUGUCCGUGUGUUGCUGCAGGCACACAUGCAUUUUUUUUUCUUUUCCUUCUCAAGGACUGCACUUGAGAUCGUGGUGCAUCUGCCUUUGAGCCAAGUGCAUUUGCUGUGCUGUUUAUGUUGUGACUUUCUAUUGUUGCUUCAAAGCCUAGUUAAGCCAAAGUUGUUUUGCUGCAAGACUGAACUCUGAGCAGUGAACUUAAAGCUACUCUGGCAUUUGCCACCUCAAUACGUGCUGCGGGCUGCCAUUCCAGAUAUAUGUGCCUCCUACGCGCAGAGUGUGCCAGCCGUACGACUUCAAGGUUACUAUUUAAUGAAAGCAAAAGGCUGACAUUUGUGAAUCCAUUACACUUGGUCAAUCGCAUAAACUAAGAAUAUGUUUUGAAAGGUCAUUACCAGCAAGACUCGAAAAAGUUAGGCCUAAGCAUUUGAUUCGAGCACGUUGACUAGAGCAAGGCAAGGUCAGAGUAUGCUUGGUGUUCUGUCUCUGUGCAGAGAACUCUGUUCCGUCACCCCACAUAUACGACAUUCCGUUCACUUUGAGGUCGUUCUGCUAGCUCCUUUAGCACCACACCCACUCUCUACCUUGGGCAUACGCACCUGUGUGCAGAAUUCCGCGCGUCCCGCGCUUGCGUGUCUGUCAACACCGUACUCAUUCUGCAACAUGCUGCGAGUGCAGCUAGCACUUGCAGAGCCCAGUGUUGCGAGUCUUCUGGCUGGAUGCCACGAUCUCUGCCAACACUGCCACUAAGUCAGCACUGCAUGCCUGGUUUCUUUUGGUACGUUUGUAUGUGUGCGUGUGUGUGCACUUGUAGGAAGAAAGGAUAGGACUUCUGUCAAGUUACCAGCCUUCCUUUUUGUCAUCAUCUGUGGAACUGCGUCACGGGAGCUCGCAUCGAGUAGACAACAGAGCUACAAGUGCGUGCUGAACGUUUCGUCGUCUGCUCAUCGUGCCGUUGUGAGCGUGCCCAGCGAUCCAACCCCUGUGUCCUCACUGCUCCUGUUUCGUACCUCCCCCACCCCUGCCUUGAACUUGUAUUUAAUGAUUUGUACAUAAAACUCGCAGUGACGUCUUGACAGACGGGGCAAGGUGCAGGAGUCAUGGACUGUUUUUACCGAACCCCUGUUUAUAUACACCGCUGAUGAAGCAGUUUUGUUGCUUGAAGUCGUGCGAGAUCGUUUGUUGUGUUCGCGGUUCGAGUUAAAAGAAACCUGCUCGAAGAUGUGAAUAAAUGCAUGUAUAUCGCAAUGCA